CUUUAGAUGACCUCGACGACAAUCUCUUAUCUUCUCUGAUUUCAAACACCACAUAGAAACAAAAUCAAAUGAACCAAGAUGAAUGCGUUGGGCCUGGUUGUAUUCGUGUUAGUUUUUGGAUCGUCCUUUGAGUUUUUCCUGAACGAAGGGAAGAAGGUCUGUUAUGGCGACCUGGGUUGCUUCUCCAUUGACGACCCUUUCGACAAUACACUUGGAUAUCUUCCGGAAUCUCCCGAAGCCAUUCAUUUUGGUCUGACACUCUAUACCAGAACCAACUCUCGGACCGGUGUAAAUUUAGGCUACAAUGACUCCGCUUCAGUGGCUAGGUCCAGUUUUAAUCCUAACAACCCUGUAAAAAUCAUCAUCCAUGGUUACAUGGCCAACGCUUAUGAACCUUGGGUUCUUAAUAUCUCAAGUCUGUUUUUGAAGAAGGAAGAUUGUAACGUCAUAACGGUCAACUGGAAAAACGGGGCCAGGAAAAUAUACCCAGCCUCCGCCGCCAACACACGUGUAGUAGGGGCUGCCGUCGCCAAGUUCCUGGAAAUGCUUAGGAACAAACAUGGCGUCAAAAUGGAAAACGUCCAUGUCAUCGGGCAUAGUCUUGGGGCCCAAACAAGUGGAUAUAUUGGGUCUCGAACUCCGAAUAUGGGCCGAAUCACAGGUAUGGACCCGGCUGGUCCAUUGUUCGAACGAUACGCAGAGCAAGUGAGACUAGAUCCUAGUGACGCAAAAUUUGUUGACGUCAUUCAUUCUGAUGCACUUCCUAUCGAAGAUGCCGGAUUUGGUACCAGAAAGUCCUGUGGACACAUUGACUUUUUCCCUAACGGAGGAGGCCAUCAGCCAGGAUGUCCCCCCGCCUAUAAGACCGGGGUAGAGGAACUCCUGACCCUCAGGUUUAACGAGGCCUUUCUUUCAGUGGCCUGCAGCCACGAGCGCGCCUAUAUAUACUUCGCAGAGUCACUGGCGGCAGAGCCGUGCAAGUUCACCGCAUACCCCUGUGAUUCCUAUGAAGAUUUUGUUAAGGGUACCUGCAAUGUAUGCGGUGAUUCCCCUUGCCCUGUGAUGGGAAACGACGCGAUUCUUUCGCAGUCUAGACGGGGCAACUUCUACCUAGUCACGAACGCUCAGAAUCCUUACUGCAAAAAUACUUGAGACUCAAGCACUGGAUGAUUAUACUCGUAAAUGCAACUUUAUUAUUUUAUAAAACCUUUCCAAAAUGAAUAUUCUUCAUAUGUUUAUUUAUUUAUUGAAUAAUUUCCACUUCUCAACCAUGAAAACAAGGUUGCUUCUGAAAAGAAAUAAAAAAAAACAUUCUUCAUUGUA